AACAAAACUAAUACUUUCCAUUUUAAAGCCAUUUAUCGAAAGAAAUAUAAAUAUCGGUAUUCGGAAUAUACAUAAAUCAAUUAAUUUACAAUCUACCAUCACAUAUAAUAGCUUGCGUGCGAUGGAUCCAUGCUCUGGAUGUUAAGUGCUUCUACUUUCAUUUUUGAUGUGGGUUGCUAAGUUACGUGUCAACUUUCGGUGGCGCUAAUAAACAAGAUGGCUGACGGAAAUAACAGUAUGAGUUGAGCCUCAACUUAUCACAAAAAUGGGGAACGCUCAAAGUGAAGAAGACAGGCUUUUCUUCUUCCAACAGAACAGUGAGCAACCCUUAAUAAAGAAACGUUAUCGAAAGCUUCCAGAGGAUCUGCCUGAGGGACUCAAAUUUGCUCAUCUCCACCCCAAAGUCGCUGCUCUGUAUGCGCAGAAAGAGCGCGAAAGUCAACGAGCAGCUGAAAAAGAUCCAUUUGGGGACGGUUUAGGAAGUAAAAGUUUGUUGCCAAAUAUUAACCAAGCAGUGACCCAUAUUAAAAAUAGACUUGACAGUGCAUUGUCUAAUGAUGAAGACUCUCAGAGAUUUUUAUUUGAGGACACUAAGGCUCAAGCCAUUUCGGUUCUGCAGCAGCUGGCCAAGUAUUUGUAUUUUUAUGAUGACAUAGCUAGUCAUGUGCCAAAAAGUUUGGAGUACCAGCUGAUGAGCAAUUGGAAAGACUUGACCAGUGAUGUAAUCAUUGUACCGCGGGAAUGGCAGACAACAGAAAUCCGCGACCAAUAUUAUAAUUCCCUACGAGAAGUCCAAAGCGACGACGACAGUGACAAUGAAAUUAAAGUUGGAAAGUCAUCUGAAAAAUUAGACUCAAAGUCCAAAACGAAGAAACUGAACAAGCUGCCUAUUCCCGACAUAAUUGAGGAUGAAUUUCGUCCAGAUAAACCUGCGAAUCGACGCUCUGAAAGCAGAAUGUCUACAGUAUCUAUAUCCAGAGGAAAGUUAGACGUCAAAGGGUUAAAGGGAGCACGGGAGCAUAGAGGAUCCAUUACAGGAGUUCGAUCACCAAGCAUGCGGAAGCAGACACAUGAUGACCUACUUUCCAGCUAUGGGGAAACCCCCUCUGAUCCCAGAUCCACUGCAAUGACCAACCCAUCCUUUGGACAGCAAGUCGUCAUCAAUUUUGCAAUAUCUUCCAAACUUUGUCAGGAAAAAGGUUGGAUCAUAGAGAAGGGAAAGCCAGAGGUGGAACCACAGAAGAUAUAUGAAAGCUGCAUUCAAAUCCUACGAGACUUCAUGAAAAAAAUAGAGACAGAACAGAAAGAGGACACGGAGAGAGGUCACGAUAAAGAGGUCACAGUACGUUACUAUGGCGAUUAUAAAAAAGAAGUCCUACUUAAGUACCGCAAAACUCCAGCUAAACCUCAAAUCAACCCCAUCUUCAAGACAGGUAAACCCAGAAUACCUCCACUGCACGAAGAGCGCAAUCAAGGGAAGAAACUCUUAGAGGCCACACAUCAGGAUGGUACCAGUGUUGUGUACUAUCCUUCAGGUAGAUCAGCCAUUGUUUACUGCUCAGCUGGGGCAGAGCUUGGUCGCCCCGGUUACUAUCUCCUUGCCUACGAUGAUACAAACGACCACAGGAUGCUGGCAUGUUUCACUCCGAGUGGAAGAGGGGUGUGCUACUCCGCCAACGGAAAUAUCAGGUUUUUGUCAACAGAAAAAGGAGGGCAUUUAUCAGAACCAGAUGGUACAAUAGUUAGAAAGUGGAAGUGGCCUGUAAAUAAUGUCAAACUGACCACACCAGUAAAUAUACAAUUGAACAGUAACCUGGUAUUUCGAUGUAAUGGACAAAGUUCAAUGUCUCUGAUGUUUAGUUGUCAGAAGGAGCUGGCUAGAUUUAGUGUCAAUCCUGUACCAGGGGCAGCAGAUUCCAAAGCAGGCGAUGAAAAUGAGCAGCUUCUGAUGACAUUUUCUUACUCCUCUAAGGCAGCUAGAGACAUGAUGAGGCUGUUUGCCCCCAAACAUAAACAUCGCUCUAAGAGGCAACCAGCCAGAAAGCAAAAGGGACAUUUAGCAGAGAUACAGAAGCUGUUAGUGGACUUCCCAGACAAGGCGCAGUAUGAGCUGGAAUCAGACAAGGAACUGGCCAGGCUUCAGAGGAAGGCCAGGAAUCUUGUUGACGAUUGGUUGGAACAUUACCGCUUAGCCAUCGGACUAAAGUCACCUCACAUGAUGAACGUCCGUGACUCUCCAGACUUUACCUCUCAAGCACGCAAUAUACAGUCUGCUAAAUUAACAGACAGCGGGCAGGCCGCCAGACUGAAACACCUCGGACUGGAGACUCUGGUAGAUCUAAAGAAACAGAGAACUCCCUCAGCACCUCUUGACCCCGUAGUCCAUGACAACCCUGUGUUUGUCACUCAGUGUUCUGGUAUGAAGGGAAGAUCGGACACUUCUAAAUCAUUUGAUAUGGAGACCUCUAAGUCCAAAAAAACUCCAAAGGGUGGGAACCAGAGCGCGGUCAAGUUUGACGACAGUCCUCAAGACCUGGAAGAUGAGGUGGAGACUGCCUCACCUACAGCAAUGGCCAUGUUUGAAAGGCUUUCACACUCUGCGGGUAAACGCUCGGCCAGAAGUAAUGCCUCCGCAGUGUCCAGCGCCCCCUUGUCUCGCCAGAACACUGCCACAUUCCGCUCGGAAACGUCAACCAAUCAGCAGUCCACCACCAAGAUUCCCUGUCCAAUAGCUCUCCGCCAGAGGAUUCUGGGAUUGGACCAGCCCAUGUGUCGCUGUAGCCGCCAUUAUAUUCCCCAGAUCAUGGACAUAGAAUACGACGAAUUUAUCCAGAUUGAGGCUCCAGAGAGUCAGCUUAUUGUUGUCGCAGUUAUUUCAUCAAUGUUUCCCCACACCAGUACGUCAGACCAGAUGAUAGAGGAGAUUUACCUAUCCCAGAACCGGAACCGAACCAAGCCUUGUGUCCAGAGCCGGACGGACUUGUUCAGGAUUUUCCAGUACGAUAUUAACACAGCAUCAGAGGGUUCCGAUCACACACAGCCUCUGUUACUGACCAGACAUAACGUAGUCCCCGGAAUGUUUCUGAUCUACUUGAAUGGAAAACUUUUAUUUUGUGAUCAUAUAUUUAACGGCUAUGGCAAUGCCAGGAAGGAUUUUAAGAAACAGUUGAUGAAAUCCAGAGUUCAAGCUCUGCAAGGGUUUUCUCUCCCUAAAGACUUCAAGUUUAGCCCCUCCAGAGGUCGGAGUGGGAUGAGGAGUGCUUGGGGAGGAGAGAUUGGAGGUACAGGGGUGGAUCAUUACGGAAAUCCGGGCACGUCAUAUGACUCCUCUCUAGUCCCAUUAUCUAGGUCACUCACGUCACUUACUGAUGACAAAAAAGAGGCUCCGAUUGAAUCUGUCAAGGAGAUAUACGUCAAAAUAGGACCAUUGCUAAAUAUGCAAUCUUUAAACAGGAAAAGAUUUCACCAUACUAAUAGACGACGGCAAAAACUAGCCUAUCGAAGUUCAGAAAGUAUAAUACUGACCAGGCACCGCCCUUAUGUCCCGUCUUACGUAGAACUACAGGGGUCAGAUGAUAAUCAGCUGGAUUCCGAUGAAGAGUUGAUACCAGUAUAGCCAUACCACUGGAAUUCCGAGAAUUCGAUCCUCGCAGAAAUCUAUCAGCUCCUGGCAGGAGAUUAAUUCAGGGCUGUGUCACAUGACAGACAUGUGACCUUAGAAGCUGAUGAACCUCUCAUUGUAUUGUCCUCUGAAUCAGAAAGUUGCAACCUUUCAUGCUUUGACAUAUUUUCUUGUCAAGAUUGUUAUGUUAAUAUGAUGUUGGAUUGCAAAUUGUAUGAAAUACUAAGGACAUAGGAUACUCAAAAAAAAAGUGUCAGAGAUAUCUGUAAUACAGUUAGCGCAUGCAUGUUUGAUAAUUUGCUAAAAUUAUUUUUAUCAGGAAAUUUUCCCUAUCAAGUCAGCUUUUUAAAAUUUCCCCCUAAUCUUCAUUGUAUACUUUUAUAUCUACAGUAUAAAUAUAUACAGUCAGUAUCUAUAAAAUUGAUAUCUUGAAUGUCAUUUUGAUGUGAAAAGUUCUUAUUCCCUUGUUCUUUAAGUAUUUUAUCUUUGAUGUCUCAAAGCCAUGGAUAUCCAAAAGUUUUUGCUUGGUCCCAUUUAGAUUGAAGUUAAAUAAGCUUGACAAUGUAUUGUGAUUCAAUGCAAAGACAUGAAAAAAAAAAUCCCUUAAAAGUAAUUUACAAAAACAUUAUGCAAAUUCAAUCUAAUUUUGCAUGCAGUAAAUAAGUUUGAAAUUAAAAACUACAAAUAAUCAAAUUUCACUUUCUCCAGAAUUUGGGUAUCCUAUGACAGAUGAUAAUUUAUUUAUUGUUGUGAUAUGCAUACAUUUUUAUGCCCCCCUUCGAAGAAGGGAGGGCAUAUUGCUUUGCUGCUGUCUGUCAGUUGGUCCACUUAGUUUCCGUUCAUUUUCUUCACAACCGUUGCACAUACUGAAACAAAAUUUGGU